GAGUUUAAAAUUUUCAAAUAAUGGAUGAAGUUGUUGUAUUGUUCAUAGAUGAGUUAAAAUCAUCUGCUACAAUACCGAUAUGUAGAAUAUGCCAUGAAGAGGAAUUCGAAAGAUGUGAAUCCAUGGAAGCUCCUUGUGCUUGUUCUGGAACUGUCAAGUUUGCACACAGAGACUGCAUACAGAGAUGGUGCAAUGAAAAGGGUAACACAACAUGCGAAAUUUGUUUACAGAAAUUUGAACCAGGAUACACAACUCCGCCCAAGAAAGCUCAGUUGAUCGAUUCAGCAGUGACCAUAAGGGGAAGCUUGGAAGUUCCAAGAAGGGAGCCUGAACAAGAAAAUGCAGUACAAAUUCUUGAUUACGAAUGCGCCUCAGCCGCUGAUAGAAGUGCUUCUUGGUGCAGAUCAGUGGCUGUAAUUUUCAUAGUACUACUUCUGAUAAGAUAUUUACUGGUACUGCUUACUGGUGGAACAGGGAAUUAUCCAUUUUCACUUCUUACAUUGCUUAUUGUCAAGGCUGGUGGUGUACUUCUUCCCAUGUACAUAUUAAUUCGGAUGAUCACGACAAUUCAAAGCAGCAUAAGGCAUCAAUAUCAGAAUUCUGACAAUGAUGUGUUGAGCUCUGAUGAAGACGAUGAUGAAGAUGUAGAGCAGCACGACAUUGAAAUACAAAACUAAACGAGUUCCUUUGAGUAAUGCACCAAGUAUCAUUUUUUCCCUUCCGGGAGAAACGAGGAUAGACAAGAUUUCAUAGAUACAUUGGAAAAGGAAAAAAAAGAAACAAGUGAGCAACUGCAAGAAAAGGAACACGUGGAAGGCAAUCAAAAUGCACUAAAACGAUGAAAUCACAGUUACGGAACUAAUAAGAAGAGAAAUGAUCGUCCUCCGACAUCUAAAUUUCUUAGGUCAUAUAUCAUGCACAAGUUAGCCAAGCUUAGGAUAUCAAAGUGUUUACUUUUGUGAAAUUUAAGAUACAUUGCCAUCAUUUUACUGAUAAGCAAAUCUAAACACAGUCGAUCAGAGAAGAAUGUUUAUGUACAUUGUCCAUGGUUUCUGAUUUUAUCCAAACUACUGCUGCAUUGGAAUUUGUCCUAUCAUCCAAGAACCAUGCUCCUGGUGACCACAUGUUCCCUCAAUCCAAAGCAAGGAUCCUUUUAUUUUCUCAACA